AUGUCUCCUGUCACCAUCGGCAUGAUGGCUCCUGCCCCUCGAGUCCCAGAGCACCUGAGUCCAGGGGCGCAGCCUGUGCGCGGAGGGCAGCCGGCAGCCGAGAGCCAUGAAGAGUAUGGACUCGCUCACAGGUAUUUCCGGCAAGUUUGGCUGAUCCGCUGUCACGACGACACAGAGCUAGGGCUGGAAGAGGAAGCCACGUCCUGCCCCGAGAUGCCCUGGGGCCGUGGCCGCCACUCUACAGUAACCAGCAAAGACACUUCGAAGCUGAGCUGCGGGCAGAGCCGACACUCCUCUGCCCUUCGCGCUCCUCCCCCCACCCUUGGCCGGGGGCUGAGCGAAUACCAGAGGAACUUCCUGUGGAAGAAGUCAUACUUGACCGAGGCCUGCCCCUCCAGGGGACGCAGGUACCCGUGGGCUGGUCUUCGAUCAGACCAGCUGGGGAUCACGAGAGAGCCGAGUUUUCUUUCAAAGAGAAGAGUGCCCCACCACGACCCACAGAUUUCCAAGUCUCUCGAGUGGGAUGGCGCCACCUCAGGGAGCCGUGUGGCUGUGUCCCCGAAGCCCGAGGUCCCAGAGCUUCCAGGAGCACAAGGACCCGAACACACAGAUGCAGCCCAACAAGGAGUUCUCGCGCUGGAAGCGUCCAGUGUUCCCAAGAGAACCAGAUCUCACUCGGAAGACUCCGGAGUGGAGGGGGCUUCCGAGGUCGUGGAGAACAAGGCGGCUGUGACGGCACGCCCCAGGCCGGCUGCUGACCCCGUGGGCCUGGAGCCUGCCACCAAGCCUCCUCUGGAAAGCGUGGAUGCCGGGGUUUUCCACAAUAAGAGCCAAUCUGUUCCGCAGUUCAAAGGUAGCUCGGUCAUCCACGAAACUGAAUACAAAAGGAAUUUCAAGGGUUUGUCUCCAGCGAAAGAGCCAACGUUAAGAAGUGACUUGAGAGAAGACGGAAGUCUGGAAGCCGUGGCUCCCGAAAAGAAGUGUAACAAAGCAGACGGCCCUUCAAGACUAGAAGCAGGGAUGGAAGGAGAAGCCUCGAGCCAGCCCAAGAAGCUCAGUCCCUGGAGACAUCAGAGGCUUGGGAAGGUGAAUUCCGAGUACAGAGCCAAGUUCCUGAGCCCGGCUCAGUACCUGUGCAAGGCUGGGGUGUGGACCCGGGUGAAGGAGGGCGCGGCGGGGCAGGGCGCUCUGAAUGCCAUGUGGUAUGCAGAGGUUAAAGAACUCCGAGAGAAAGCUGAGUUUUAUCGGAAGCGAGUCCUAGGAACACAUUUUUCUCGGGACCAUUUGAAUCAGAUUCUGUCUGAGAACAACCGCUGCUGGGACGUGUCCUCGACCGCCAGCUCGGAAGGGACUGUCAGCAGCAGCAUCAGAGCGCUGGAUCUCGCGGGAGAUCCUACCCUCCAUAAGACUUUGCAGAAAUGUCCUUCUACAAAACCAGAAGAAAAAGGAAGGAUCUUGGAAGAACAGCCCCAGAAAGAUGGCCCGGAGAAGCAGGGUGUGUCGGAUGCCCCCGCACCUGUCCGAAGGCGGCUGGCGUGGGACGCGGCGCCCACCACAGAGGAUGUGCAGAAGCAGCCCGUAGGGGAGGAGGAGGAGGGCAGGAGGAGGGCUGCGCAGGUGCCGGGGGGCGAGCCGGAGGGGGCGGCCAUGCGAGAGAAGCCCCAGGAGGACGGGCUCCCCGAAGGGUCGGAGGCGUCUUCCCUGUCCUCGGGCCGAGGCGGCAGGCUCCCGACCCCCACGCUUAGGGAGCUCGGCGGGGUCCAGAGAACUCACCAUGACCUCACGACGCCGGCCGUGGGGGGCGCCGUGCUCGUGUCUCCGUCCAAGGUGAGACCCCCAGAGCAGAGGAAGAGAGCAUCCUCUCAGGAUUUUCCAGAACCGUCAAAGAGUGCCUGCACCAAGAAAGGAAGCCGGGCCCUAGCCCUGCUGACAUCCCCCGCGGCAGGCGUGAAGACGGUCGACCCCCUGCCUCUGCGUGAGGACACGGAGGUGGACAUCCACAGACCUGCUGGGGCGGCCCCUCCAGCUUCAGAGGGUUCUGAGCAUCGAGUCGGCACCCCUGGGCCGUCACCCUCCCCCCUGGGUGCCCCGGCCUACUGGCACCCUGCCCGUCGAAUCCAGGGCUCUCUGCGCGACCCGGAGUUCCAGCACAAUGUAGGAAAAGCAAGGAUGAACAAUUUGCAGUUACCUGAGCGGGAGGCCUUUAACGACGAAGACGAGGACAGGCUGUCCGAGAUCUCCGCCCGCUCCGCAGCUUCCAGUCUCCGGGCUUUUCAGACUCUGGCGCGAGCGAAGAAGAGGAAGGAGGCUUUCUGGGGUCAGGCGUAGACUCAGCUGCGCUGCGUUCAGCAGGGAACCGUCGGCACAACUUCUCUGUGGCUUACCGUGUUCACAUUUUUUGGAGUGCUGGAAUUUUUUUCUGACCUUUGAUUUUCAUAGUCAAUUCAGCUCAUUUGUGUAUUUUUAACACAGGCGUGUACAGACUUAACUUUUAAAGAAUUCUCUCUGCAUCUGUCCCAAAGUACAGAGACACGGAUGAUAGACUCUUCACAUUGCCACUUCAGUGCUAGGUGUCCUGGAUAGGAUUCCGCCCCAGCAGGGAGGAGGAUUCUGAGCCAAUCAACUGAGCGCAGUGAGAACGGAGAUGCUGGCGGGGGGGUCUGUGCCCCAAGGCUGGAUACGCGUCUCCAUGGUUGAGGGUGCCACGAAAUGAAGUUGCUCCUCUAACCGUUGCUGUCGAGUGACUUUUUGCUUUAGCUCCUCUGUCUGUGGUUGUGGUGUUUUGUUAGUUAAGAUUCUUAUACUUUAAAAAUACUAGCUGUAUAUACUUUUCCUAUUUAUGUAACAGAGUUUGCUGAAAGAUAUGUAUAUUUUUGAUCUUUGUGUGUAUUAUUUGUAUAAGGACUUUGGCUUACAUUUGAAUAAUGUCUGAAUUUUGAAAAAUUGUUUGUAUAAUGGAGAAUUAAAACUUUGUAGAAUUAAAAUUUUGAAAUAAAAACUGAUCAAGUG